CUUGUAUCCAGCGCUACUCUCUGUUCUUACCAAAUUCAUUGUUUACAUUCUAGGCAAAUUGCGGUACGCAAACAACUCCAACUACAAGAACGACACCAUGAUCCGGAAAGAGGCCUACGUUCACAAGUGUGUCAUGGAAGAGCUGAAACGCAUCAUUGACGACUCUGAAAUCAUGCGUGAAGAUGAUGGGCUCUGGCCUCACCCAGAUCGUAUUGGACGGCAGGAGCUGGAGAUUGUGAUGGGCGAUGAGCACGUGUCCUUCACGACGUCCAAGAUCGGCUCACUGGUGGAUGUCAACCAGAGCAAGGACCCCGAGGGCCUGCGCUGCUUUUACUACCUGGUGCAGGACCUCAAAUGCCUUGUCUUCUCCCUCAUUGGCCUGCACUUCAAGAUCAAGCCAAUCUAAAUGGGGCUCUUCACAACAAUAAACGCGUGCUUACUCUGCCAACUGGCAA